AUGGCUGAGGGGGAAGAUAUUCAACCUAUCGUUAUCGAUAACGGAUCUCGAACGGCUGGUUUUGCUGGUGAUGAUGCCCCUAGGGCAGUUUUCACGAGCAUAGUCGGCCGCCCUCGCCACACUGGCGUGAUGGUCGGGAUGAGUCAAAAGGAUGCUUAUGUAGGUGAAGAGGCCGCGAGUAAAAGAGGCAUCCUCAUACUAAAGUACCCGAUCGAGCACGGCAUAGUCACCGAUUGGGAUGCCAUGGAGAAGGUUUGGCACCACGCUUUCCACAACGAGCUCCGUGUUUCUCCCGAGGACCACCCCGUUCUCCUCACGGAGGCACCUCUCAACCCGAAGGCGAACCGAAAGAAAAUGACUGAGAUCAUGUUCGAGACCUUCAGUUUUCCGGCUAUGUACGUUGCUAUUCAACCCGUGCUUUCACUGUAUGCCAGUGGGCGUAAAACCGGCAUAGUUCUCGAUUCCGGCUUUGGAAGCAGCCACGCGGUCCCGAUUUUCGAGGGCUACGCCCUUCCCCACGCCAUCUUGCGUCUGGGCCUCGCCGGCCUCGACCUCACUUACUCUCUCAAGAUGAUCUGUAUGGACAGAUACUACUUCCGACAGGAAUUCAUGAAUGAUGUAAAAGAGAAGCUUGCCUACGUGGCACUCGACUUCGAACGGGAGUUGGAAAAAAACGCCAAAGACAGCUCGGCGGUCGAACAGAACUACGAGCUGCCCGACGGGCAGUUCAUCACCAUAGGGUCCGAGAGGUUCCGCUGUGCGGAACCCCUCUUCCGGCCGUCGCUGAACAGGAUGGAAGCUGCCGGGAUUCACGAGAUGACUCAUAAUUCUAUUGUGAAGUGUGACGUGGAUAUAAGGAAGGAUCUUUACGGGAAUAUCGUGCUCAGUGGCGGGUCCACCAUGUUCCCUGGCAUUGCCGAACGUAUGAGCAAGGAGAUAACUGCUCUUGCUCCCAGCGGUACGAAGGUUAAUGUGGUGGCCCCAUCUGAUAGGAAGUACAGUGCCUGGAUCGGAGGCUCAAUUUGGGCCUCUCUCAGCACCUUCCAGCAGAUGUGGAUCUCGAAGCAAGAGUACGAUGAAUCUGGUUCGGCAAUUGUUAACAGAAAGUGUUUCUAG